CAAACGGUGAACUAAGAUGAAGCCGCAAUGUUGGACCACGGCAAACAAAGUGUGGGUCCAUCGGUUCAACAAACACUGGGUAUGUUGUGUCGGUAGGGAACAUGCACACAAUUGUUCUGUCACCAUGCCACGGUUUCGGACGGCGCUUGGACCAAUUUGAUGUUCAAGUUUGCCUUGUUCAGUUGUCCACUUCAUCAGACAACGUUAACACAACACAGCAAUACAGCGCUGGGACCCGAACCGGUAUCGUGAUAGGGCGUGCCGUGGCAGUCUGGCACUUGCUUGCCAAAUUAACAAGGCUUCGACGGACGGCCAAGCUUCUAAGAACAAUACCGGAUGUGUGUGGGCAGUGCCACAUACCACAGCCUUCUAUAAGUCCAAUCAACAAGACCUGCUACAUGCCAUCAUCUGAAUCCACACUAUGGACACCCUCUUACGCCACAAAUCCUUCCUAUUGACCAGUGCCAUUCUCUUCCUCACUACUAUUUUCACCGGUAGAACGAACCCUCCCACAGAAGACAUUGUUCCUGUGGAAUCGACUACUAUAAAGCCAGACAGAAUGUUGCCUACUACGACUACCCCAUCUCGCUCAAUGGAUACUACAUCAAAUUCCUUACCGAUCUCCAAACAGUCUACAAACGUUGAUGAGGGCACGCUUCCGCAUGGCACAAGUCUCGAUGACAAAUGUGUAUUCUGCAAGAUCGUGGCCGGGAAAGAGCCGAGCUUCAAGGUGUACGAAACGAAAUACAGUCUCGCCUUUCUCGCGAAGCCUCCUGUUUCUCAUGGGCAUACGCUCAUCAUACCCAAAUACCACUCCCGGACAUUAACAGAUCCCGGACUCCCGGACGAAUUCCUGGCAGACGUCGGCCCUAUCAUGAAGAAGAUAGCAGUGAUGAACGGCGAUGAAUCAUACAACAUCAUACAGAACAACGGAGUGACAGCCGGGCAAAGCGUUCACCAUGUACAUUUCCACGUCGUGACAAAGCCAGAUGACCAACCUAACCAGGGACUCGUCCUGACACGCGAGAGUUGGCCUUCGUAUACGUAUGCUCCGAGCGAUGAAGAUUACGCUCGCGAUGCAGCUAAGAUGAAGGAGAUCGGCAGGGCCAAUAAAUUCCCCGGCGUUUCGAAUCAGAAUCUGGAUGAAUAUGGGAUUUGAAGUAUGAUAUGAUGUGCAGUUCCAUCAAUGUAUUAUCGCCAGUGCUGAACGUACACCUUUCGACGACAUGUAUACCUACUUAGCGGGGUUGUUGGGUUUUUUGUAGUGCGAGGGGUGUCAUGGUGAUCUGGUAUGAUCUUUAUUCCGCUGCCUGCGAUAUCCGUCGCAGUAGACAAUAAACACAGGCAGCCAAUGCGCUUGUAUUUCUUAGUUGUUUUUUUUCUAUAUCAAUCAUGUUUUCUUGUCGCGCACGAUACUGGUCGAGUU